CAAAAGCGAAGGCUGCACCUAAGAAGAAGGCAAAGGCCGAUUCAGACAUCGAGAACUCAGACGUAGACAUGGAUGAGGAUCCUGUAGAUGUCGAUGAGUCGCUGCUCGCAGACACACCAAAGGUCAAAAAGGCACCAGCCCCUAAGAAGCCCAGCAGCAAACCCCUUGCAGAAAUUGCCAAUGAGAGUUUUGGUGGAGACGGCGAUGACGAGCCAGCUGCAAAGCCCAAGAAGGGCGGCGCCAGCAGCAAGUACCAGAUGUUGACGCACUUGGAACAUAUUAUGAAGCGCCCUGAUACAUACAUUGGUUCUGUAGAACGGCAAACGGAUAAGAUGUGGGUGUACAAUUCAGAGGCCGAGUCGAUGGAAUACCGCGACGUGUCAUACGUCCCCGGUCUGUACAAGAUCUUUGACGAGAUUCUUGUCAAUGCUGCCGACAACAAACAAAACGACAAGAAUAUGAGUGAGAUCAGAGUAACAGUCGACCGAGAGAGUGGUGAGAUCUCCAUCAGGAACGAUGGCAAGGGAAUUCCAAUUGAGAUCCACAAAGAACACGGCAUUUAUGUACCAGAGAUGAUUUUUGGUCACCUUCUCACCUCGUCCAACUAUGACGACGACCAACAAAAAGUCACGGGUGGACGCAACGGUUACGGAGCUAAGCUCUGUAACGUAUUCAGUACCGAAUUCACAGUCGAGACGGUCGAUUCGAAACAGAAGAAGAAAUACAAGCAAACAUGGACGGAGAACAUGAGCAAGAUGGGCAAAGCCAAGAUUACCGACAUAAAGGCGGACGAUUACACAAAGGUCAGCUGGAAGGCCGACUACGCUAGGUUCGGCAUGGAGGGCAUCGACGAUGAUUUUGAAGCCAUGGUCAAACGCAGGACCUACGACAUGGCCGGUACGCUACGGGGCGUGAAGGUUUACCUUAACGGCGAGCGCAUCAAGAUCACAUCGUUUGCCAAAUACAUGGAAAUGUACACAAAGUCUAUCUCGCGCGACCAAGGCAACAGCGAAGAUGACAAGGAAAAGGAUGUCAUCAUUACCGACAAGCUCGAACGCUGGGAUAUUGGUUUCGCCGUUUCGGAUGGUGCCUUCAACCAGGUGUCCUUUGUCAACUCUAUUGCGACAACAUCCGGUGGUACGCACGUAAACCAUAUUGCCGACCAGAUCGUCGAGAAGCUCAUGGCCAUUGUCAAUAAGAAGAACAAGGCCGCUGUCAAACUCAAGCCUGCACAGAUCAAGAACCAUCUUUUUCUGUUUGUCAAUUGUUCCAUCGUGAACCCUGCCUUCACAUCCCAGACAAAAGAGCAGCUUACUACCAAGCCCAGUCAGUUUGGCAGCAAGCCUGUCCUCAGCGACAAGUUCCUGAAUGCCAUUGCCAAGACCGAUGUCAUUCAAAACAUCAUGCACUUUGCUCAGCAAAAGGCUGAUCAGAUGAUGAAGAAGACCGAUGGCAACAAGCGUAACCGAAUCAACAACGCAAAGUUGACAGAUGCUAACAAGGCAGGCACCAAGGACGGACAUCUUUGCACCCUCAUCCUGACUGAGGGUGAGUCGGCUAGUGUUCUUGCGCUUGCUGGACGUGCUGUCGUCAACCAGGACUUGUUUGGUGUCUUCCCACUUCGUGGUAAGCUUCUCAACGUCCGUGACGCCACGGUCGAUCAGAUCAUGAAGAACGUCGAGAUUCAGAACAUCAAGAAAUUUAUGGGUCUUCAGCACAAGAAGGAGUAUACGGUGGCAGACAUGAAAAGCUUGCGUUAUGGUCAUCUCAUGAUCAUGACGGAUCAGGAUCACGACGGUAGCCAUAUCAAGGGUUUGCUCAUCAACUUUCUUCAGUGCCAGUUUCCGAGCUUGCUCAAGAUCCCAGGCUUCCUGUUGGAGUUCAUCACACCAAUCGUCAAGGUCUGGAAGGGCGACCAAAAGAACCCACGUAAUAUGAAGAGUUUCUUCUCCAUGCCAGAAUAUGAGGAGUGGAAAGAACAACACGCUCAUGAAAAGGGCUGGGAUCACAAGUACUUCAAGGGAUUGGGUACCAGUGACAUUCCCGAUGCUCAGAUUUACUUCAAGGAUCUCGACACCCACAUGAAGCGCUUCCAGGUCAUGCGAGAGGAGGAGGAAAAGCUUAUAGAAUUGGCUUUCUCGAAGAAGAAGGCGGAUGCCCGUAAAGACUGGCUACGCGACUUUGUACCAGGUCGACAUCUUGACUUGACCACUCCAGACAUUUCCUAUGACGAUUUCGUCAACAAGGAGUUGAUUCUGUUUUCCAUGGCUGAUAACGUGCGAUCUAUCCCGUCCGUUGUUGAUGGCCUUAAACCCGGUCAGCGCAAAGUGAUGUACACUUGCUUUAGGCGUAACAUCAAGAAAGACGUCAAGGUGGUUGAGCUCGCUGGUGCAGUCUCCGGAUCUACCGACUAUGCUCACGGAGAAGCUUCGAUGCAGGGUACCAUUGUAGGUCUCGCGCAGAAUUUUGUUGGAACCAACAAUAUCAACUUCUUGGAGCCAAGUGGUAACUUUGGUUCUCGUCUCAAGGGUGGUGCCGACGCUGCCAGCGCCAGGUAUAUUUACACCCGUCUGACACCAUUUGCAAGACGCAUCUUUCAUCCCCACGACGAUGCUUUAUUGAAGUACGGCGAAUCUGAUGGCAACAAGAUUGAACCGGAGAUGUAUGUGCCCAUUCUGCCUACGAUCCUCAUCAAUGGAUCAAGUGGUAUCGGUACUGGUUGGAGUUCUGAAAUUCCUAACUUUAACCCCAUGGAUAUCAUCGAGAACAUCAGGCGCCGGAUGCAACCAGGUGCUACUAAAGAGGAUAUGACUCCCAUGGUCCCCUGGUACAAGGGUUUCACCGGAACGACCACUGUGCUCGGUCCUGACCGCUACCAGUUCACGGGUACUGUUCGACAGACUGGUGAUAACGAGAUUGAAAUCACUGAGCUUCCUGUUCGCUAUUGGACCCAGGACUUCAAGGAGAAACUUGAGGAGAUUAUCAAGGCGGAAAAGGGCCCCUCAUUUAUCAAGGACUACAUUGACUACAACACCCCAGAUCGCGUCCACUUUGUCAUCAAGAUGGAGGACAAGCAUAUGGCGACCGCUCUUGCUAAGGGCCUCGAAGAGAUGUUCAAGUUAUACAAGCCUCAAGCCACCAGUAAUCUUGUUGCAUUCGAUGCCCAAGGACGUAUUCACAAGUACUCAACAGUCCUUGACAUCAUUGAGGAAUUCUACCACAUCCGUCUGCGCUACUACGAGAAGCGAAAGCAGCACCAACUGCAAGUCCUGGAGAAGGAGCUGCUCAAGUUGACGAACCAAGCCAAAUUCAUUCAGAUGAUUAUCGACGGAAAGUUUACGGUUUCCAAGAAGAAGAAGGCUGUCCUUGUCCAGGAACUCAAGAAACUUGGCUUUGCACCGAUCAACAAGGUCGAAGAUGCGAAGACUGCCGGCGAAGAGGAAGAUGCCCAGGAGGAUGAGUCAGACGAGGCUGAAGUUGAAGUGUCCGCCAACGACUACGACUAUUUGCUUGGCAUGGCCAUUUGGUCUUUGACCCAAGAGCGCGUCGAAAAGCUCUUGAAGCAGAUUGGCGAGAAGCAGGCAGAGGUCGACACCCUUAUCAAACUCUCACCCAAGGACAUCUGGAACGUUGACCUUGAUGCGUUCAUGGAAGAAUGGAAUGUGCAGGAAGAAGAAGAAACCAAGCGCAAGAAGAAGAUUGCUAGCAUGACCCGUCGCGCUUCCCAGAAGCUUGGCAUUGCUGGAGGCAAGGGUACCAAGGGAAAGAAGAAGAGAAAGAUGGACGGCUCUGACUCAGACGCUUCCGACUCAGACUUUGGCCCGGUUAAGAAGAAGUCAAAGCCCAAGAAAGAAGGACUGCUCAGCUACCUUCAACAAGAACCUGUCAAGAAGCCAUCAGCGGCAGAAGCUCUCAAGAGCAGUAGCGCGUUCGGCUCCACGGCACCGCAGAAGCAAGGUACACUGCUUUCACAUCUUGUAAAGAAGGAGGCGACGCCGCAGACCGAUGGGGCAUCGGAUAACAGACCAGGCACUGCAGAUUCAAAGCCAGCACCUGCCAAGCGGGGUCGCCCUGCUGGCGCAAAAGCUAUCAAGAAAGACCCGAUUCCUUCGGAUGACGAAGACUCCGAUGUUUUUGCUGCGGUAGCUGCGGAAGCUGCCAAAGAGCCUGCCAAAGCUGCCCCAGCUCGGGCUGCUCGAGGCGCAACCAAACAAGUAGCCAAAUACAACCUCGGUAGCGAUUCUGACGACGAUGACGAGGACCUCCUUGGCGACGUCAGCAGCAUGGUCAAGACAAUCGGAUCUGGUACAAACGGCGUCCCGAUGUUUAAGACGACGGCUGUGGCCCGGCCAGGUAGCAACGGUAACGCUCGCUCUGGCAGUUCGGCUGGCAUCAGAAAGAAUAGCAUUGUUGAUGUGGACGGUGACACUACCAACUACGAAGGUCUAAUGCCUCAGUCUUCACCACAGCGUCCUGCUCCUCGAAAUGUCAAUGACACUAUCAUGAGCUCGGAUGAUGAUGACUUCCAUCUCAGUGUCAAGAAACCAGCUGCGACUAAGUUGACUGCUAGGCCCGCCCCGAAACCCAAGCCUGCUGCUGCUGCCAAACCUGUACCAAAGCCAAAAGCCGUUGCGAAGAAGCCUGCCGCUCAGAGUCCAGCAGCGAAGGCUUACGCGAAGAAACACGGCAAGGACGCAGAAACAGGCAAGACCGCAUCCAAGAAGAAGAAGACUGUCGAUUCAGAUGAAGACGAGGACAUGGAGGACGCAGAAGAUCUUGCCAACGACCUACUGUCAGACGAAGAUGAAGACGAGCCAACUCCCAAGCCAGCUGCACGCGCACCUGCUGCUCGGCCUGGUCGCAGAGCUGCUGCUAAGCCGGCCAAGUACGUUGUUAGUGAUGACGAGGCCGACUCGGACGAUGCGUCUGAACCUAGUUUCGAUGAUGACGAGGACAGCGAGUAGACUGACUAGCUUGCUGGAGGCCUCUGUGUACAUGUGAGAGAGUGGUGGGUCGUUUGAUACCCGGAUUAGUCAAUGGCGUUUUUUUCUGAGACCAGGGGGUGAUGUACUGCUACGGUCGUAGUGCUUCACAUGGCGUUUGGUGCAGCUGAUACGUAAUGCGGGGUUUCCACGCAGGCGCAUAUAUUAUAUUUUAAUUCCGCUAUAUACGCGUAGUUCAAUUUAUGCACUUUUUUGUAUCUCACA